AUGUUUUGGAAACACGAAAAUGCAACAGAAGUAAUUUCUGUAAUUCUAAAAGAUUAUUUUGAUUGUAUUUUACAUAUAGAUUAUCCAUCUUCUUUGGCCAGUUUGGAAGUUACAUUUUCCCCGACUCUAGGUGUCAUAAAACUUGAAUCCUAUCAGAUUGACUUUUAUACCGAUCUUUUUGACUACUACCAAGCUAAAAAGGACAGUAUCAGUAACCCAAAUCCAAAUAUUACAUUCAGUGUUCAGAAUAAUGGUGCGGUAUAUAACAUGACAUAUCAUGACUUAGAUCUCGACUUCUAUAAUAGUUCUAGUCCUUAUUAUAAGGGAGCUGGAUAUAAAUCAGAUUCAUAUCUAGCUGAAGCUGAUAAUUCACAUUUGUUAUAUAGUUUAUCAUCAUCCCACUCUUAUGACUUUGAUCAAUUUAUUGACUUAAUUGCAGACUCUUUCAGGUACCGUAUGAAUAUAACCGAUAAGCCUGAAUUUCCUAUUACGUUCAUAGCUUCCUGUAGUGGUGCGAUAAGUGAUUGUGCAAAAUGGGCAAAUGGUAUUGGUUAUGGAUCAAUCUAUGAUUAUACAUAUGAUGAAGAAGAUCAGGACUAUGAAAACUAUGAAAACUAUGAAAACUAUGAUAACUAUACCUGUGUUUCUCAAAACCGGAUUGAAGAAUGGCCUGAAGAAUACAAAAUUCAAGUCAGAAAGUUUAUUGAAACUCAGUUAUCACAUUUCAAUACUUAUACUAAGGGGUGGUUCUUCUGGAACUGGAAAACUGAAAGUGCACCAGAAUGGGAUUAUCAGAAGUUAAGGGAAUACGAUUUAUUCCUACAUCCAUUUGACAAUUUUACAUAUUACAAAUCUAAUGGUGAUUUAAAAUUGUCUGAUUCUGAUAACGAGACUUCAACAUCCUCUGUCGAAACGUCGUUUGGUCUCUCCUCGAGCAGUCGUAGUAGUGUCGCAAGUUCAGAAAGAGCCACUACUUCAAAACCAUCAAAAGAGAGUGCUAGUUUAAGUACCUCUAUACAAGCCAGUAAGACUAGCUCAACAAUCUCGACUCAUGUCAGUCAAAGUACCUCCAUCAGUUCAACCCAUUCCAACAGCACUGUUUCUUCACACAAGAAUGGGUCAUAUACCAUUAAGAGUCAUAGUACCUUCGCUUCGAUCUUUGUUUGGAGUUUAACACUGAUGUGCUUUGCUUACAGUACUGGGUUUCUUGUUUAA